UCGCAGCCAACGUAAAAAUGACGGACUCUUAUACCUCCUCCCGUAAUGGCGAUCUUUCCCCCUCGCCGAACGGUCUGGCAAACGGCUCAAGUCCUUCCCUAGUUCAGGCGAACAACGCUGGCGUCUCCCCAGUCAUUCGCAAAAAACUCAUGGGUUAUGUUGGUUUUGCCAACCUCCCAAACCAGGUACAUAGAAAGAGCGUCAGGAAAGGUUUCCAGUUCACUGCUAUGGUAGUUGGUGAAUCGGGUUUGGGCAAGUCGACACUCAUCAAUACCCUUUUCAACACCCCCCUCUACCCUCCCAAGGAACCUCUUCCUCCUUCGGCUGAAAGGCCCAAGACCGUUGCAAUUGAGAGUAUCGGCGCAGAUAUCGAGGAAAACGGUGUUCGUUUGCAUCUGACGGUUGUUGACACACCUGGGUUUGGUGACUUCGUUAAUAACGACGACAGUUGGAGACCUAUUGUUGAGAACAUCGAAUCACGAUUCGACUCGUAUUUGGAACAGGAAAACCGUGUGAACAGGUUAAAAAUUGUUGAUAAUCGUGUUCAUGCUUGCUUGUACUUCAUCCAGCCAACGGGUCACUCCUUGAAGCAGAUUGACAUCGAAUUCAUGCGACGUCUCCACACACGCGUCAACUUGAUUCCCGUCAUUGCAAAAGCUGACACCAUGACAGAUGAGGAAAUUGCUGACUUCAAAGCCCGUAUUUUGGCGGACAUCGCACAUCAUAAGAUUCACAUCUUCGAAGCUCCCACAUAUGAGAACGAAGACGAGGAGACUCUCGCAGAAGCGGAAGAAAUUGCCAGCAAAAUUCCUUUUGCUAUUGUCGGUUCGGACAAGGUUGUCGAGACUGCAGAUGGCCGCGAAGUCCGCGGAAGAUCAUAUCCAUGGGGUGUUAUUGAGGUUGACAAUGAGGAUCAUUGUGACUUCGUGAAGCUUCGACAGAUGCUUGUUCGGACCUACAUGGAAGAACUUAGGGAACACACCAACGAUGUGCUCUACGAGAACUGGCGAACUGAAAAACUCCUCAGCAUGGGUGUUGCUCAGGAUUCGACUGUAUUCAGGGAGAUCAACCCUGCUGCCCGGAUGCAAGAAGAGCGAAUCCUACACGAGGCCAAACUUGCCAAGAUGGAAGCGGAGAUGAAGAUGGUCUUCCAACAAAAGGUGCAAGAAAAGGAAUCGAAGUUGAAACAAUCUGAGGAGGAGCUCUAUGCCCGACACAGGGAGAUGAAAGAGGCGUUAGAUAAACAACGAGGGGACCUUGAGGAUAAGAAGCGGAAGAUCGAGAGUGGUCGACCACUGACACCUGAGAAGGGCACACAACCCAAAAAUCGCCGCUUCCUUCGCUAAGUUUCCGCGACCACAAUGCGACGAUCUCAUUGUUUAUUUCAACGUAGUCAGAAGGUUAUACCUCAUCUUUAUUACCCCUUGCCUGUUGCCGCUCUACUUCAUCGUUUAGUUUCCCGAUACUGUACAUUUUCUUUGUGCCUUUCCCUAAGUUCACUAUCCCGUAAAAACACACUCCUUUGCCAGAUAUUUCGACUGCGUUCACCGCUCUCUUUUUAGUAUGACCUGCUAUUGCUUUAUUAUGUUCGGGGACGUCGAAGGACGUUGGGUGGACGAUUGGAAUUUUACAUCGAUGACAAUAUACCACGCGUUGCCACUCUGUCAACAUCCAUCAACAGAUAACCCAGCUUUC